GAUUUUUUUGACGUUUUAUUUUCUAAAUGCUAAACAUUUAUACGAAUUGCUAAGAGAAACAAAAUUUUACUACUAAAAGCUUUUUUAUUCAAAAAUUUAUAAAAUGUUUGUCGUCCUGUGACGUCACGCUUGGGGUAUUUCCCAAAAAUUGUUGCAAUCGAAAGUAGAAAGGUAUGGCCGACAAACGAGAUUUUCGCGGAAGAUUUGCUUCGGAUAAGGGUAAAAGGCGCAGGAAACCCAAACUUAUCGUUGACCAUAACUAUGCCAAUGUUUUCCUGUGUGAUGGAGACGAUUGUAAAAGGAAAAAGUGUCCAAGUGCCUUGCAUAUGACUUUACCGCAAAAAGUAAACAAGAAUGGUUGGAAAGUGGGUCGGAGGCUCAUUGAACUGAAUGUACUGCUACUCCAUCUAAAAUCAUGCCGAAAAUGCAUGCUUGGCCCAGUGCCACUUAUGUACAACAACAUCGUUGGUGAAUUGCAAAAAGGUUUAGGCGGAUAUCUAUAUGUUGUGUGCCAAAACCCUGACUGCAGCCACAUAAAUCGAGUGCCAUAUGGGAAGACCCACCAUAUAAAAAACGUGAUGCCAUUCUUUGUUAUAAACACGAAACUUGGAGCAGCUAUGAUUGACAGUUUGGGUGGUGCAGAGAAAGUGAACAAUCUCCUAGCAGUCCUGAAUUUGAAGGCGAUUCAUCCGAAGAACUUGAAACUAAUGGAAACCCGUGCUGAUGAGGCUAUUCAGGAGGUGUCCAGAGAAUCCUGCAAAAAUGCUGCAAAAGAAGCUUUUGAAAAAGAAAUGAGUGAUAUUGCCCGGCAAGAGACUGAGCAAGCACAUGAGCAAAUGGUAGGAGAGAUUGAUGACCUAGGAGUGUGUCCUCUCUCUGGAGAAUCUCCAUCACUUCAGGAUUGGUCAUAUGGAGGCAAUUGAUAUAGAACGCAUACCUGACGCUGUUGCCCGUGGCAACUUCAAACCAGUCGUCAUAGAUGGAGAGCCAACCAUCAUAACAUUUGAUUUAGAAACAACAGGACUUAUUGUGCACAGAGUGAUGCCGGACAUAACACAGAUAGCUGCAAGUGACCAGUCGGGAAAGACAUUCAAUAUCUAUGUCAACCCAAUCCAGCCGAUAAAUCCGGAAGCAACGACAGUGACUGGAAUUUCAUUUGUGAAUGGAGAAAUGAAAGUUGGAGGACAGAUAGUUCAAUCUGUACAUGUGAAGGAUGCUGUUAGCCAAUUCUUUUCAUGGUUGGAGAAGUUUAAAAAUGUUGUUUUAUGUGCCCAUAACGGAAGAAGGUUCGACUUUCUGAUCCUAGUUGAACUGCUUGAGAAACUUCAUCCUAGUGAAAAGUUUAGUGAAAUAGUUCCUGCUUUGUUGGACACAAUGAGCAUAUUCAGGAAACAAUAUCCUAAAAGUUCAGUGAAACAAGAAGAUCUUGUCAAAACUCAUUUAGCAAUUACAUAUGAUGCCCACAAUGCUGUUGGUGAUGUUAUUAGUCUGGGCAAGCUUAUCUCAUAUAUGAAUAUUGACAAAAAAGAACUUAUCAAAAACACCUUUUCAGUAUCUGCAGUUUAUAACAAUUUACAAUUCAAUAAUGCAAAAGCUUAGA